GCGAGGCCGUGGGGCGCGGCGGUGUGCUCGGUGGUACCGGAGGUGGAAGUCUCAUCCCGGGGUUGCGUGCAGUUACCUCUUCGUAACGCUGUGGUGAAACAGCUCAGAGCCGCACGGGCGUUUCAGAAUCAUAAACGGGGCUGGGGGAAGGGUGAACCAAAUGUCGUGUGUUUCCUUUGCAGGCAGUUGCUAUAUACGAACCUACCUCAGCUGUUUGAUGAGCAGACAUGGCUGUCACGCUACACACUGAUGUAGGAGACAUUAAAAUUGAACUGUUUUGUGAGCGAACACCGAAAACAUGUGAAAAUUUCCUGGCUCUUUGUGCUAGUAACUACUACAACGGCUGCGUGUUUCACCGGAAUAUAAAGGGCUUCAUGGUUCAGACAGGGGACCCAUUAGGCACUGGGAAAGGAGGAACCAGCAUCUGGGGCAAGAAGUUUGAAGAUGAAUUCAGUGAAUACCUAAAGCAUAGUGUCCGUGGGGUGGUUUCUAUGGCAAACAAUGGUCCAAAUACCAAUGGAUCGCAGUUUUUCAUCACUUAUGGCAAGCAACCGCACCUCGAUAUGAAGUACACUGUUUUUGGCAAAGUGAUUGAUGGCUUGGAGACUUUGGAUGAGCUGGAGAAGCUGCCUGUCAAUGAGAAAACCUACCGACCUCUGAAUGACGUUCGCAUCAAAGAUAUCACCAUCCAUGCCAACCCUUUUGCUCUGUAGCCACAAACAGUCGUGACACAUUCUUCAGAGGCUGGUCAGAGUGACUGCUGGAUGGCGGCGUUUGAUGUGCCAUCAGACAGGGUUGUCUGAGAUGGGCUGCACCUUGGCAUGCUGAAUGCAGGGUUUUGGGAACUGUGAUGUUGUUUGGGAAUUGUCACAGGGGAGCCUUGUGUUCCCAUGUUUCCAGGGUGUGUUUUGACUUUUAUUGACUUGAUUUUGGCUUCUAAGCAUUGCUUUUUAUACUUGUAAAAUAAGACUUUCAAAUAUAUAUGUAUAGAUAUUUUGCAAA